GCUUGGCAGCCUCUCUGCUGGCGGUGCCAGGUGUGUUCAAACCUGUAGCAGACAAACGCACCUCGCGGAUGUCUCACGGCUCAGUCACCGUGGGCUGGAUCUCCACAGCAUAAACCGCCAACCGGUGAUCGCCCGUCUAUUUUCAGCCUGCCCACAGGUACGAGGGAUUUCUCGUUGACGCACUACAUUUCAGCGACACAAUCCACCGCCGAGUGAGUAAAAUCCUCUCUGUUUACAUUUAGUUUUAACGACUUAGCGUCUGGAGGCUCAUCUGGAGAUGCGGAUAUGCUUCCAGAGUAGCGACGGAGAGCAUGGCAUGAACUAUUCCCUUUUAAAAAGCAUCUAGACGCCAUCAACUCUGCAGUUUUACGCACAAGGAGCGCUUGGAAUUAUUGCUUCCCAGACAUCUGUACGGACACCGUGGGAUGACAACACUCUCGGGUUGAAAAGCAGCGUCCUAAAUGUCAGGGAGAUGAAAUCCCCCUCAGCAGAAGCUCUGGAGAAUAUCUCCGGAAGGUUUAUUAGGCCGCGUCACUUCGCCUUCAUUUAACAGCAGCGAACCGAAGACACUGUUAGACCGUUUAGUUGUUCGUGAAAGGGAGUAACCAUGUCCAGAACACUGAAGAAGAAGAAACACUGGUCCGGUAAAGUGGUGGAGUGCGCGGUGUCAUGGGGGAACCUGGGGGACUUUGGCACCGUGGUGGAGGUUCUGGGUGGAGCAGAGCUGGGCCAGUUCCCAUACCUGGGCCAGAUGAAGCUGGACGUGCUGGUGUGUCACGUCGGGAAGCUGCCCUACUACGGGGACGUUUUGCUGGAGGUGAACGGGACGCCCGUCAGUGGACUUACAAACCGCGACACCCUGGCUGUCAUCCGCCACUUUCGGGAGCCGAUCCGCCUGAAGACGGUCAAACCAGGUAAAGUAUUGAACACAGACCUGCGCCACUACCUCAGUCUGCAGUUUCAGAAGGGCUCAAUGGACCACAAGCUCCAGCAGAUCAUACGGGACAACCUCUACCUACGCACCAUCCCCUGCACCACGCGGCUUCCUCGAGAUGGAGAGGUGCCAGGAGUGGACUACAACUUUAUCAGCUGCGGAGACUUCAGGAUCCUGGAGGAAAGUGGACUUCUACUGGAGAGUGGGACCUAUGAUGGUAAUUAUUAUGGAACCCCGAAGCCUCCGGCGGAGCCUAACCUGGUGCAGCCUGACCUGGUGGAUCAGGUGCUGUUUGAUGAAGACUACGGCGGUGAUCUCCCGAGGAAACGAACCACCUCUGUCAGCAAGAUGGACAGGAAGGACAGCGCGGUCCCCGAGGAGGAAGAUGAUGACGAGAGGCCCCCACUGAUCAACGGAUUGCCCGAGCUCAAAGAGGGGGCAGACUGGAGGAAAGCAGUGCCCAGCUACACCCAGUCAAGCAGCAGCAUGGACUUCCGUACAUGGAGUUCUCUUCCUCGCGAUGACAGCCUGGAGCCCUUGCCCCUAAACUGGGAGAUGGCUUACACCGAGACUGGCAUGGUCUACUUCAUAGAUCACAAUACAAAGACGACCACGUGGUUGGACCCCCGCUUGGCGAAGAAGGCGAAGCCCCCUGAGAAGUGUGAGGAUGGAGAGCUUCCUUACGGCUGGGAGGAAAUUGACGAUCCACAGUACGGCACAUACUACGUUGACCACAUCAACCAGAAAACCCAGUUUGAGAACCCGGUCCUGGAGGCAAAAAAGAAGCUGAGCCAGGAGACGGCUGCGAUCCAACAAGCCGCAGCAACACCUACCCAAGGUAAGGGAGGUGGGUUCAGCUUCACUUCAGACCCCAGCGAACUAAAGGGGGAGAUGUACCACACAGCACUGAAGAAGAGCCCCCAAGGGUUUGGAUUCACCAUCAUCGGAGGAGACCGCACUGAUGAGUUUCUGCAGGUGAAAAACGUGCUUAGCGACGGCCCUGCUGCCCACGACAACAAGAUGGCCUCUGGUGAUGUGAUUGUUGAGAUUAACGGGAUGUCAGUGCUUGGAAAAACCCAUCCAGAGGUUGUGCAGAUGUUCCAAUCCAUUCCCAUCAACCAGUAUGUAGACAUGGUUCUUUGCCGUGGCUACCCGCUUCCUCCAGAUGUGGAUCUAAGCAGCGACGACCCUCUUCCACCUCCCCCUCUCCCACCGGCAACCCAGCCUCAGCAGGCCCUGCAUGGCGGGGAGGUGGUGACGGCCGUGCCCCUGAUCAACGGGCAGCCGCUGCUCGUGAAGGGCGACGUCCUCCACGGCUCCUCUCAGGAGCUCCACUACGUCACCACGGAUGCUAGCGGCCGGCCCGUGGUGGCAGCCUUGCCCAACGGGAGGCACGGGGAGGUGGUGGCAGGGCUGCUGCAGCCAGAGCUGGUGAGCGUGCCGCUGAUCAAGGGGCCCGGGGGGUUUGGGUUUGCCAUCGCCGAUUGCCCGCUGGGCCAGAAGGUGAAGAUGAUCCUGGACGCCCAGUGGUGUCGCGGCCUGCAGAAAGGAGACGUGAUUAAGGAGAUCAACAGGCAAAACGUCCAAACGCUGAGCCACGCCCAAGUGGUGGACAUCCUCAAAGACUUACCGGUGGGCAGCGAGGUCAAUGUGCUAGUGCUGCGAGGAGGGCCCAUGGGGGGUGAGCUCAGAGUGCUGAUACUGACAGGAGGUCAGACAUCCCCUGUGAAGAGUCUCAAGCCUAGGCCGGAAAUGACGGCCAGUACUGAGACUCUGGACUGCCUCACAGACUCAGCCCCCCAGGCACUGCCUUACCACUCCAACACGAGCACCCUGCGCUCCAUCGACUCCCCCAAACGAGAGGCCACGGAGAUGUACCUGAAGUCCAAAGCCCUGCUGGAGAGCAGACAGCCUUACACCAAAGACAUAGACGUUUUUCUCAAGAGAGACAUUGAAACCGGCUUUGGCUUCCGUGUUCUGGGAGGAGAAGGUCCACAACAGCCAAAUGUGUUUCCCCAGGUGUACAUCGGGGCCAUUGUGCCCAACGGAGCAGCAGAGAAGGAUGGCCGCCUGAGAGCGGGAGACGAGCUCAUUGGCAUCGAUGGUGUGAUGGUGAAAGGUCGUUCGCACAAGCAGGUGCUGGAUCUGAUGACCAACGCUGCCCGCAACGGUCAAGUUAUGUUGACUAUCCGCAGGAAGGUCAUAUACAGAGAUGUGAACGAUGAAGAGGCUCUGGAAAUGGCUCCAGUGCUGGUGAACGGUUCUCCGAAACUACCUCACCUGCCAAUGCCCUGCGAUCUGGACCACGAGUCUUUUGACAUCACACUCCACCGCAAAGAAUCUGAGGGCUUUGGCUUCGUCAUCCUCACCUCCAAGAGCAAACCGCCCCAUGGAGUCAUUCCACACAAAAUCGGGCGAAUCAUUGAUGGCAGUCCCACGGAUCGCUGCGGCCUGCUGCACGUCGGAGAUCGUAUCUCAGCGGUCAACGGGCGCUCCAUCAUCGAGCUCUCUCACAACGACAUUGUGCUGCUCAUCAAGGAGGCCGGCAACGUGGUCACCCUCACUGUGGUUCCUGAGGAUGAAUACAAGGGCCCUCCAUCUGGAGCGAGUUCAGCUAAGCAGAGUCCAGCUCUUCAGCACAGAACCCUGGGUCAAAGGUCAGCACUACAGGAUGAACGUUAUAACCUGGACCUGGAAGAGAAAAGGGAGGCUGUCAAUUGGUCUGACCACAAAACUCUUCCACUGAGUGAGCAGGGAACGAUGUGUGUGACGGGACCCAAUCAGGUAAGAGUGUCUCCUAUUUCUUCUACUAUAUGUUUAAACUUUAUAUUUUUCUUACAAUAAAGCAUGAUGUUCCCAACACAUACUGUAAAGCUCUGACCUCCUUUUUGUUUCGACACAUUGCCCAGAUACAUUACAUUGAGUGACAUUGACUUCAUGGAUUCUGCAUUCAUUAGGUGUGAAUGCUAGCUAUUUCUCUUGCUUUUAUCAUUUAUAACUUUCAUACUUUCUAUUCCUGUGUUCCCAUUCAAUGAAUCUCACAAUCUUUUGUAACCCUUAUUCAUUCAGGCUACAAGGCCAGUACAUCUUUCAUAUAGUCUCUGUAUUAAAGAGUGCCUGACAUCACAGCUAAAGUGGAGAGCUGCUGUUGAAUAUUAUCUAAAAAUGAUAUUGAAUUGUGUCUUAUACCAAGAAUUGUAACUCUUGAUACAUAAUGUUAGCUCCCAAAGUGUAUGGCCAUGCUCACAAUGUAGCGAGAAGAAGUGUCAGGGUUGCCCAGAAGUUGGCACUUUGACUCUCUUGGAAACUAAGGCUAGAGAUUUCUGGAGUGAAGCAGUUAUUCAACAUGCUCCCAAUCUCACAAUGUUGCACCACUGACAAGAAGUCUACACAUUAUUGGCGGAGUCUUUUCUCUCUUCUAAUAUUUUUUGCUGAUUAGAAAAUGGAUUUUUGAGCACAAAGCAGUCAUCGGAAAGUUAUGCUUUACAUAGUUUUGAUUAAAUUACUGCUCGACCUAGGACUCAAACAGUGGAUGCAACAGCAGACACAUAGUACUUAUUCACACUUACGUAACCUCAGAAAGCUCACAAUAUGCCACAUAUUUCAUACAUUAACACUAAAACCGCCAAUGGGUACAUUUUACCCGCAGCUGUUUCUUGAUUGAAUGUCAACAAAAUAUUCAAGUCAAAAAUUGUCAAUAUGAAGUCAGAGUGAAAAAAUUGGCAAAAAUAUUGCCAUUUAUACCCAUCAGCGCC